GGCCUAUUGAAGGGAGAGGGGGAUUUGUGAGGUGAGGGGUAUUUGAGGAAGGGGUUGACAAUGAGCCUGCAGGCGUCAUGUCAGCAGAGGAACAGCGGCAGCACAGUUUCUUUCGAGCCUGUGAAGGCUUAGAGGGUGCUGCCUGUCACUUUUCCUUCAAGCCCUCAGCUGGUCAGGCGCUGACCCUUCCUCCCAACAGAUGCUAGUCGUUGGACAGAAUCCCCAAGUUACUGCUUGUGUAAUUUAUCCACGGCCGGGACGAAUGGCUUCCUAUGCACCACUGUUUUCAGCAAGUGGAACUUGAAGUCAGGCCUCCUGGCUCAGAUUAGGAACACAACCACUGUACUGCAAGAACCCCCUAUUCUUGGGUAUCGUGCAGAGCCUGGCAAAUUGACCAUCAACAAUUCUGCUCUCCACCAUGGACAGUGCCACUGAGGGUUAUCAUUUUUACAUCGGGCUUGCUCUUGCCAUCAGUUCCAGCAUUUUCAUCGGAAACAGUUUCAUCCUGAAGAAGAAGGGGCUGCUACGCCUGGCCAGCAAGGGGGUGAUCAGAGCAGGUCAGGGUGGCCAUGCAUACCUCAAGGAAUGGUUGUGGUGGGCCGGGCUUCUCACAAUGGGUUUAGGAGAAGCUGCCAAUUUUGCUGCCUAUGUCUUUGCUCCAGCAACUCUGGUCACUCCGCUGGGAGCCCUUAGUGUCCUUGUGAGUGCUGUUUUAUCCUCUUAUUUUCUAAAUGAGAGCCUUAACCAUCAUGGGAAGAUGGGCUGCAUCUUGAGUAUUUUGGGAUCGACAGUGAUGGUAAUCCAUGCCCCCCAAGAGGAGGAGGUUGGCACCUUGACUGAAAUGGUGGAAAAGCUCAAAGAUCCAGGUUUUAUUGUGUUUGCAAUAUGUGUCGUCACCAGCUGCCUGACCCUGAUCACUGCAGUAGCCCCCCGCUAUGGGCAGAAGAAUGUGCUGGUCUACAUCCUGAUCUGUUCCAUCAUCGGCUCCCUCUCCGUCUCUUGUGUCAAGGGCCUGGGGAUCGCCAUCAAGGAACUGUUUAUGGGUCGCCCUGUGCUGGUGCAGCCAGUGACCUGGAUCCUGCUAGGCUGCCUGAUACUCUGUGUGAGCAUACAGAUUAAUUACUUAAACAAAGCCCUGGACAUUUUCAACACCUCCAUUGUUACACCCAUCUACUAUGUCCUGUUCACCACUGCUGUCAUGACCUGUUCAGCCAUCUUGUUCAAGGAGUGGUAUCACAUGACCAUAGACAACAUUGUGGGCACGAUAAGUGGGUUUGUCAUCAUUGUUCUUGGGAUCUUCUUGCUCCAUGCCUUCAAGAACAUCAGCUUCACCCUUGGUACCCUACCCCCAUUCAUCAGGAAGAGUGAACCUGGCACCAUGUGGACCAACAUGACACAGCAUCAGCAGUAUCCAGGUCUGCCAGAGCAGGAAACUGAAGUCCUCAUCUGCCCAAGUGAAGUUGGGAUUGUGCAUGGUUUCACCUGAGGCCGGAUCUCAAAUGAAACAGGGCUGAAUGGGCUAUCAAUGGAUAUGAUGGGCGAUGGAUCGAUUGAGGAUGAACUGGCUGGUGUCGAUAAAGCGUUCCACACAGUUCACAAAGCAGGUUUCUGUUCUGCUGUCGAGCCGUGGGCCUGGUUUAUCCAUACACUUAUCCUGCCAAGGAAGAGGACAAUCAUCAACAGGACAGGAAGUGAGGUGUUGUGACCUGAUCAAAUUCAACGUCAAAGGAAUCGGACGGAAAUGGGGAACAAUUCUGGCCAGUCGUGACUACUUUCAAAUAGAGACAGAAUAAACUUGCUCGUUAGUUACAUUAAACAUCUGUAAGGGAG